AAAUGACCGCACUCAUUCACCGGCCGACCUCGAGGGAGCAUCGGUUGCCCGGUAGGUUUGAGGUUAGGUUAGGUGGACGGUGAGCAGCUGACACUAUGGUGUGCGUUUACGGAGUGGCGACUGUGGCAGUCCUUUACGUCCUCUUCGACGUCAACUAUUUCCUGAGAAUUGCCUUCACCAUUGCUUGGGGCAGGCUGUUUCAGAAGAGAAAGAAGAUCUUCGACGAGACAGUGAUUUACGGUAUAUGCACGACCCAGGAUGUAGACAUUUUCUUGAAGCAUAUGAAUAAUGCAAGAUACUUGCGCGAGUUGGACUUUGCACGCUUCCACUAUUAUGACAGGACAGGUAUUUAUGGGGCUAUAAGUAAAAAGGGCGGAGGUGCCGUUCAAGGAGCUUCUUCUACUCGUUACAGACGUCCAAUUCCGAUAUUCACUCCGUACAAAGUUGUAACUAAAAUGAUUUACUGGGAUGAUAAGAAUUUCUAUUUGGAGCAUCAGUUCAUCAGCAUCACGGAUGGCUUUGUGCGAGCUGUUGUACUUAGCAAACAAAGCGUGACAAAUUUGAAGGUACCAGUACCUGAGAUUAUAGCUUCGGUGGAGCCUCAAGCACAGAGACCCGAACUUUCAAAAGAGUUAAGACAUUGGCUAGAGUCAAUGGAAGAAUCUUCUCAAAGGCUGAAGAAAUCGAGCUGAAUGAAAAUCAUUUCGACGUCUGUAUACCGAUCUCGCCUUCCUUGGCAGUGUUUACUAUACAUGUUUUUUUUUAAUCCUUUGUUGUACACAGUAUGCAAUAUUCCUUUAGAUACUUGUAAGUUACUGUUAUACGUUUUAACAGUUUGCGAUUGGAUAAAAAAGAUUUGUAUAGUGCUAAAAUGGGAUAUGUCCUGAAGAAACUGAAGAAGUUGACCGUAAUUUGAAUUUACUUUUGAUAACGUUGUCAUUGUAGCUCCUCUUAACAUUGUUGUAAGUCUAUUGUUUCAGAGGAAAGAAACAGACUAUAACAAAGGGUUAAAAUCUCAGAUUGUUGUUAAGUUAUGCUCAGGAUCGUACUAUCGUUAGCUUUUCUACAUACUUUGUUGUUAUUUGAUAACUUAUACUAUUAGUCGUUCUUCUUGCCUUGUAAGGUACAAAUUACGUACAUUUAUUAAGCACAGGUGUCUAUGUGUAAACAGAUGGGAACUUAUAUUUCAUUUAUAAAUGAAAAAUUCGAAUUAAUUCGAGUAAAAAUGUCACAUACGUCUUAUAGUA